UCAUCCCGGGACCGAGAGUGCGGCGGCGGCGGCGGCCGGAGGCGCCGGGAGGAGACCGGAGACGCGGCAAAGACCCAGUGCUGAGGAAGCUGCACCAGCGCCCGCCCUGUCUUGCGGCCCGGAGGCUGGCGCACCAACAUGCCCUUCCAGAAGCACGUCUACUAUCCGUUUGCCAGCGGCCAGGAGGACCACGCGCCCCCCUCCAGCUCAACGCUGCAUUGUCCGGCCCGCUCCACUGGGGCCGGCGUGGCCGGCAUGGCCUCGGCCAGCGUGGGGCCCUUCCCCUUCUUCCAAUUCCGGCCUCGGCUCGAGAGCGUGGACUGGAGGCGGCUCAGCGCGAUCGACGUGGACAAGGUCGCGGGUGAACUGGACUUCCUUACCCUGCAGGAGAACAUCAUGAACAUCACCUUCUGCAGGCUGGAGGACGAGAAAUGCCAUCACUGCCAAUCCGGGGUGGACCCAGUGCUGCUGAAGCUCGUCCGCCUGGCCCAGUUCACCAUCGAGUACCUGCUGCACUCGCAGGAGUUCCUCACUGCCCAGCUGCAAGCCUUGGAGGAGAAGCUACGGCUGGCCCUGGCCGAAGUGGAGCAGAGCAAGAAGUUGCUGGCCAAACAGGCAGCGGAGAUGAGAGUGCUGAAGGACGAGUGCAAACGGAGGAAGAAGAUGAUCACCACUCAGCAGAUGAUGAUUGAGGCCAAAGCCAGCUAUUACCAGUGCCAUUUUUGUGAAAAGGCUUUUAUGAAUCAUGCUUUUCUGCAAAGUCAUAUUCAGCGACGCCACCCUGAGGAGUCUCACUUUGAGUUUAGGAAGAAGACACAGACUGACAAGCUGCAGAAUGAGAUUGACAUGCUGAAGGAACAAUUACUGCUCACCAAAUCUCAAUUGGAGGCUGAGCAGCAGGCCCAUGUGGUCAGAUUUUCUAAGGAAUAUGAAAUCCAGAAAUCAAAAGAGGAAGAAAUUCUGAAGUCAUUCGAUAGAUGGAAAGAGGAAGAAAAAGAGAAAUUAAUUGAUGAAAUGGAGAAAAUAAAAGAGAUGUUUAUGAAGGAAUUUAAAGAAUUAACUUCUAAGAAUUCAGCAUUAGAAUAUCAAUUGAUGGAGAUACAGAAGUCCAAUAUGCAGAUAAAAUCCAACAUAGGUACGUUAAAAGACGCUCAGGAGCCUAAAGAAGAAAAACGUCCAUAUCCACAGGAUUUCCAAAAUGUGAUGCAGCUUCUUGAUAAUCAGGAAAGUAAGUGGACUUCUAGAGUUCAGGCCAUUCACCAAGAACACAAAAAAGAAAAGAGCCGGCUCCUAUCACAUAUAGAGAAACUUCGGACAUCUAUGAUAGAAGAUCUGAAUGCAAGUAAUGUUUUUUAUAAGAAAAGAAUAGAAGAAUUAGGGCAGCGACUCCAAGAACAGAAUGAAUUGAUUAUUACUCAGAAGCAGCAGAUUAAAGAGUUUGCCAGCAAACCAUUACACACAAUCAAUGAGCAUAAUGGGAAUUCUUCUACAAGGCACACUUCAGAAAGACCUGUACCAACUAUACAUAUGAAUGCUUUAGCAUCAAAGAGUUUGGAUUCUAAAUCAAGUCAAACAAUAGUGCGUGAACAGGCAUCCAAGUUGCACAUACUGGAACCGAUAGAGGAACUUUCAGAGGAAGAAAAAGGAAAGGAGAAUGAGAAGAAAUUAACCAAUAACAAACUGCACUUGAUAAAAGCUUUGAAGAGCAAUCCUUCUCUCACUAAAGAGUUAAGAACAGUCUUAGAACAGACUUUGGUGGAGAAACUGGAAACCCUGGGAAUUAGUGCAGGUGUACGUGGUAUUCCCACCGAGCACUUGAAUCGAGUAUUAAGUUCUAUCGAAAUAGCAAGGCAAGAGAGAGGAAAGCAAGUGCCUAACAUGCAGGAAAUUAGAGACUUUCUGGAAUAUCAAGUCAGCUGCAAGAUUGAGGAGAGAACCUCAGUGAAUUCAAACAGGCUUCUUGCCAACUCUUCCUUGAUGCUUUCAGAUAAGCCUAGCCUGACUCAGUUGGACAUUUCGUCAUCUGGAGAGAUACCUAGAAUGACAAAGUCAUCUUCAAAAACUAAGCAUCUGAUCAAGCAAAGAUCUGUUCCUGCUGAGCGGAUAUAUAUGCCAACAACCAGGAAAAAUACUAUAGAAGAACAUUUUCUUAAAAAGUCUUCAAGUAUUUCGACUCCUCCCUUCAGUUCUGAGGAUGAAUUAGAUGAGGAUGGCAUCGUGCAGUCCUUUGUGUCACCAGAAUUACUUCACAAGCAGUCUUCAAAUAGCCCCCAUACUUCUGGAAAUGAUACUGCCAAAAGUGACACUGAUUGGACUGAAGGAAGUGAAAUCGAAGAUAAUGAAAUCCCAUCAAAGCCCGUAGAAGGCACCUGCAUUAAGCUGCUAACGGAAAAAGUUGAAAAGACAGUCUCAAAUCACAGAAAUGUGAAUAAACCAGUUGGUGGAAUUAAUGUUGCUGAGGCAUUUGUCAAAAAAGAAGAAUUACAAGAAGAAUUAAAGUGUGCAGAUGUUGAUGAUGAUGACUGGGAUGUAUCAUCCUUGGAGGAGGAAAAAUCUUUGAAAAAAAAUAUUGGAAAAAAACCAAGUGGGACUGCACUUAUAAAGAUUGAAUCCAAUACCACUCAUGUUACAAGUGCCUGGGGUGCAUAUACACCCAAAGUGCCCAAAGCAGAAGGCCUUCAAGAAGUUGAUACAAGUACAUUAAAAAGCAGCUUAGUAACUGUAACUGACUGGAGUGACUCUUCUGAUCUAUAACUACCAAACCUUGUCAGAUGUGACUCCCUGGUGCCAAUACCGAUUUCAGUAAUCUGCCCACAUGGUUUUAACUCUCAUGCCUUAUCUCGUAUUUCUCACAGUAACAAGGAAGCUUAUUCAGAGAACAAAGGUAUAUUUAAUGGCAUUUAAGUAUUUAUUGAAAAACCAACUCAUUAAGCCAACAGUAUUUUGAAGCAUAAGAGUGUUUAAAAAAAGAUAUUUGCUGCUUAAAAAAAAAAACUUGUCAAUUAAUGCAUAAAACAUUUUUGUUCUUCAGAAUGGUACUCGAAUAUUAGCAUAUUUUUUUCAAAUAAUUUUUCAAAGCCAGUUUUUAAACACAUUUUACCCUCACAGGGUUUUGUUGUUGAAAGUAAUGACAUUUUCAUAUUGUAAUUUAAAUUCUUACAUAAUUUGUGUCUGAUUGUGUUAAAUUUUACAAUUCUGUUUGUAUUAAUCUUUUAAACAAAAUAGCAGAAGUAAUGCAUAAUUAAAAUAUGACUG